AUGUGCUUGCUUUUGAGAAACCCAGUAGUCUUCAGAUUAACACUAGGAAUAAUUACCGUGUUUAUUUUGUGUUUACCUGAAUUUUUCACAAUCCAUGAAGCUAACACUGUAAUGGUGUCAUGCAUGGAUACCUGUUCAUCAAGUAACACCACUUUUCCACUUUGUGCUUUUAACAAUUCUUACACAAGAUCAAUGCAACAAAGAAGAGAAAACCAGACUAUUUUGCUGAAGGUCAUUGUAAAUAAUUUAAAUUCCCAAAAUAUUUCAUGUGUUUGCCAGUCGUCCUGGAGGGAAAAACAGUCCCACCCUAAACAGAGAGAAUGUGAAUCCAAGAGGGAUGUGGAUGUUGAUCAUCAAGGAUCAACAGCUAAAAAAAUUUUGUUUUAAUUUUUCUUUCCAAACGCAAAAGGCUCUCUUGAAGUGAGAACAGAAAAUGCUACUUAUUUUUAUAAAUAUUUUAAUUUCACAACGGUUUCCAAGAAAGAAGUGGAGCAUAAUACGAACUACCUGAUGGAAAUCCACAUCAACAAUUCUAUAGUUGGAGGACGAAAUGCAGCUGACGAACAACUAAAUCAUUCUUGUCUCUUGGCAAUGAUUGAAGACCAAAAUGACUGUAUAAAUAUUUCACUGCAACUGAAUUCUUAUAUGGAAUAUCCAAUGUGUAUGACGAAGAUCACUUGGCUCACUAUGAUUCCAGUAGUUUUUGUAAUUACUGUUUCAGCUGUCAUCUACAAAAUAGUCCAAGAAAAUAAGCAGAACUAUUAUAAACACAGAGUAGCAACAUCAGUUUCUACUAUUUUAAGAAGAAAGAGUUCCAGGCAUGCAAGAAGAACUGUAUCUGCUAUUAGAAUUCAUCCUUUCCCUGUGAAAACCAGCAAACAACAGAUUCCACUUCCUGCACAGACCACAAAGAUACUGCCUGUAAUUCCUGAACAAGAGCACUGUCAUAUGUAUCAGCUGUAGAAGUUUCAGGUAUCACUCUGUGAAAUACCAGCACUUCUGGAUGAAAGAAGAUACAUCAUACAGCACAGAAGAAAGCUUCCCAAUUUCCAGCUUGGGGAGUUAUAUUAUCCAUCUUUUCAUGGGAAUGCCAAUUAUUCAUUUUAGUUGAGAAGCUCCAUUUUUUCCAUUCUAAUUACUUUGUAUUAAGAAAAUAUGAAUGAUGGACAAACAUGUUUUGCUGCAUAAACAACUUCAAUAGCAGAGCAUAGAUUUCUAUACAUAGCAGAGUAUAGAUAUCUAUAGAGUAUACAUAGUAUAGAACUAUUUUUUGUUUACUCAGGAUUCAUACGUAGUUCUAUGGUUGCAAGAUAACCCUUGUGAUAAUUACAAUUUUUUUAUUAGGGCAGAAAUUUAUUUUAUAUAUUCCAUAGAAUAAGAAGUCUGUAUAAAGCUAGGAAUUAUGCUCUACUUUCAUGAAAUGAGCACAAUUUUCAACCUACUUAAUGCUCUAGAUGACAAAGAUGCCUAAAAGAUACAGUUUCUGGCUGUUGAGAAUGGGGACCAAAGUAUUACAGGAGGAAACAAUUCUGCAGCAAGCAUAUUAGUUUCUGCAGUAAACCAGGAAGUUCAUCAUAAUUUGUGCAAUAUCUUAAUGGAUAAAGAAAAAAAGUGGAAAAAUACUAAUUUGGCUUCAAACCACAAAAUCGUUAUUACAGAUUUUUAAUAACUCAUUAAAACAUUAAAUGGGCUUGUACUUUUUGAGAAAUUGCAUUUCCAUCUUUUGUUCCAGCUUGGGUCAUCAGCAUUCUGACUCAUUAUCUCUUGGAACUUUUCCUUACUUUCCAUUUACUACUGCUCCUCUGAGUGCAGUGGAGCUGUUUGGGCUGAGCAGGGUCCCAGACUCCUUUGGUGCUAAUACAUGAUUUGUGGGUACAGCUUAGCCAUCGAUUACAAGGCAGAGACAGAAAUUGCCAGGACUUCAGGCUCCCUUGUGCUAAAUCCAUCAGGAUGAACAGAUUGUAAACUGCCCAUUGCAAACAUGAUAGGCAGCAAUUUAGCAUCCAGUUAAUACUUCAUUACUUCCAUUACUUACAUUUAUACAGCCUUCCCCUCCUGAAGCUUUCUGAAAUUGCAUUUUCCAGUCUACACUGAGCAGUUCAGAUUUAAUAGGAAUAGUUGUGAACAUUAGCCUCUGAAUUAUUUGAGGGCAUAUGGAAUUUUUUGUAUUUCAUUGGAUAAGUCCGAAGCAUUUGUUUCUAUUGUUUUAUAUUUCACCAUCUUAUUAAAAAAAUUCAGAGAAAAAAUACCUUCUUGAUUUGGGGGCUUCAUUUUUUGUCUAUGGUAACAACAAAGCUUCUCGGAAGCAGAGGUUUUCAGAAGCAGAGUUUUUAAUACAGUCUAUAAAGUAAAUCUCUCACAAUUUGCUUCUUGGUUGUUUUUUCUUAUUAUAUAGAGAGCAGCUUACAGACGAAAAGACAUAUUAGUCUCAAUCCACUACAGAGUUGCUAAGGCCAUUUUGGUCCGUGUUUAAAUGCUUCAAGUAAUUUAAACUAUCACUUUUCCCCUUCAGCAAUCCAAAGAUUUUGAUAGGAGCAGGCCUGCUUCUUGUGACCCCCAACUUAAUUUUCUUUCUCCUACAAUUUCAUUCUAUUAUUAUUCUUUCUGCCUAUAACCUGCCUCUUUUCUUUUCCUUAGACAAAUAAACUGUGAUUUGCUAUUUUAUUACCCACAGUUAUCUCACAGUUCUGAAGCGUUUGGUUUUACUACCCUGGAAGGUUCCAUCUUCCAAGUUGCCUUUAAGAACACCAUAAACAAGAAGAGUCAAAAGGCUCUUACAAGCUCUUCUUGUUUACUGAGUAAAGCUUACUUUGUCUUCUAACUAUGAUCCAAACUACAGGAAAUAAUGGAAGAAUGGGGGGACAUUGGUAAGGAUGGCAACAAAAAAUGUAAUCCUGAAGUAAUUUCGGUUGAAAAGGAUUUCAGGCAGUUGCUGGUUCGACCUCCUUAUACUGGAGGAGGGACUGAAAACAACUGGUUUAGUGUCUUGCCAUUUUCUCCUGAGGUUUGGUUUCUCUCCUCCCACAUCCUUGUAACUCCUUGUCUUCAUCUCUGGCUUUGUCAGAACCAAACAUACGAGGAGAGAAAGGAUGUCCUGGUGCAGCCCCUCAAGCACAAGAUGAUGGGCAAGAGGGAAGAGCCUCAGAAACCAGCAAGGGAAGGAUACAUGAAGGUGAAGGAGGGGUGUUUGUGACCAAAACUGGUGGGGAAAGUGGAACUGAUGCAGCAGAGAACGUGUAAAAUGGACAUGGGGCUGAACUGGCAAAGGGAACUGCAGGGAAGGCAGAGACCACCUUAAAUUCCAGCACCAGAUAAGCUGCUGAUACAGUCUCUGAGAUGUCAAAGGGCAGGAAGAGCAGGGCAGCACUUUCCCAAAUCUACUAAAUGCAUUGAGAGGCUUCUUAAGGUGUUCAAAAAUUAUUUGAAUUACCUGGUGUAAUUCUGGAUAGUCCUCAAAAGGCUGUAAAGGGAGGCUGUGAAGAGAUCAAAGUGGGGAGAUUGCUAAAGAGUUUUUAGAAUUGUGUGUCCAGGGACUUUUGCAGGGCAGGCAAUAGAGGCAGAAUGAGAACUGUGGAUCCACACUGAUCAAAUUAACUGUCUUCUCUCCUUUGAGCUUUUCCUCUUUUAAUGAUUCACCUUCGACUACCUUUAAGUUCAUUUUACGUUAGAAGCGCAUUAUUCCUGUUCUGCUGAGCUAAUCAGAUGUCAUCUCUUGUUUAUUCUGAGAAAUGCUGAAAAAGUAUUUUUAUAGAGGCUUUUCUCUAAUCAACCUCGAAAAUUGUUAUUUCCAGAGAGCACAUUAUUGUUUUUUCUUUUGAAAAUAUUUUCCCUCUCCCAUCUUUUUAAUAUAGUUGCAUCUUUGACAUUCUAUUUUCAAUUUUUAGUUCUAAAAUGGCACACCAUCAUCUAAUUUUAAAACAGCACAUAUGAAUGCUGAAGUAGGAGACAGCAUGUAAAAUGUACAAGUUGCACAAUAAAAGCAGCUUCAGCAACAAAGGUUGACCUGAGACAGAAUAAGUGUUUAAAGUCCUGAGGGCUUUCCAGUCCAACUGUAAGAACUUCAAAGUAGGUCAGACACUGGAUGAUGGCGUCACAUCAAGCCUUGCUCUGAGAUGAUUUUCAAAAUAACUCAGGAAAGUCCUUUACCACGCUCUACAUUCUUCUGAGACUAACGGAAAGGACGGGGCUGUCACCUGAAAUAGAACUGGAAUGUCUCAAAGACAAUCCUAUGAGCUGGGUGAAUGCUUGUAUGAUAAAAACACUUCUGUGAAUCAGAAAAAAAGUGGGGAAACCUGUAUUUGUCAUUCAAAAUACUGUGGUGUUUCAGACUCCUUUAAAUUGUUAUGAAUCUUGACUAGUGAGUGACACUGGACAUUACUGGUGACUCAUAUUAAAAAGCAUCCCAACUGGUAAUGACUGUGAGUUUUUAUGGUAUGACUGAGGCACAUUUUGGAGGAAGGUAUUAGCAGCUUCAGUGGGUGAUUUAAGCAGGAUGAUAAAAAGUGGAAGAGACAGUUCUUUUGUUCAGCUGUCUCUAGCAAUGGAAGCUGGAGUGUAGGAGGAACUCAUGGGGAAGAGAUGUGAAUAGACAUGAAUAGACUAUACUCUAAAAAGCAGUAAACAACUUACAGCUUGCUUUGGUUUGUUUCCCAAAAAACCCCCAAACCCAAGAAAAAAAAGAAGCAAAUAUCCUUAAUAUAAAGUAAAUCACUUCUUUAACAGUCUAAUUCCACUUCCUUCUUCAGGGAUGGCCUGUAACUGCAGAUCAUCUGCAAGGCUGUAGGUAUGCAGACACUGUUUUAAAUUUCAUCCUGAUAAAUUUCAAACUUAGUCACUGCACAAGCCUGUCUGCUCUGUUGCUGUAUAACAGGGUAGGUGUGCUCAAAAAUGAAUGGAAUGCCAUGGAAAACACAUCUGCUCAAGAAAACAGGUAAUUC